UACAAAAAGGAAAGAUUUUAUUGUUUGACUCGAAUAGGUUCCGGAAGAACUAAACUGUUUUGAAUAAUUCUUUCACUGUUAGAAAGUUACACUAAAUGCUCUGAACAUGGGCUGUUUUAUAUAGGCACGGUUUUCUCUGGAUUGCGGUCGAAAUCGCGUGGAACAGCUAGUCAUCAUUAUAUCAGUCAAUUGUCAUUGACUGCUAAACACAGACCACAUGCCAUCCCCGUUGGGGUGUUGCUCGUCCACCCACCGUAGUUCCUGCUUACACGGUAGAUUUAGCAAGACGUCUUACCUGACUUUAUGGCUAAGUAUUUACACAGUAGCUCCUUACUUUUUUCUUAACGAUAAAUGCAAUAUGAAUACUAUCAAAGAAUGAGUAAACGUCUUUAGUUAUUGAUGUGGCGAAUAAGGAUAGAUAGCGAUUAAAUGAAACAUAACUGUAUUGUGUAAGCUACGGCUACAUAUACGGUGUGAGACUACCUCAUAAUAGCAUGAGUAGAAGACGACAGAGUAAAACCUCUUCGGUGGCAACAUUCGAACGUGGAAAGCGUUGACAGAUGUCACGUGGCGACAGCCGCGAGUGCGCAAACCGCCGCCAUGCUGGUCGCGCGCCACACCACCGCCACUCGCACGCCACGGCCACGCCUCGCGCCGCGACCUCGCUCCCACUGCGGCGACCCUCGGCGACACAUCUCUUACAGCUAGUGCUUCCCUAGGUUAACGAACAGGCGGCGGCAUGUCGCUGUCGGCGCGCUCGUCGUCGGGCUCGUGGUCGCGAGCCGGCGGCGCGCCGCCCGACAUCAUCGACCUCGACAAGUUCAUGCGCGGCGCCGUGCGGCCCCCGCGCCCCGAGCCCGCGCUGCGCUGCGACCAGCUCGUGGUGGACGCGGGCGGCUUCGGGCGCAAGCAGCCGCCGCCGCCGCCCGCCGCGCCGCUCCCCGCGCCCUCACGCGCGUCGAGCAGUAGUGGCAGCCGCCCGCCGCCGCACGCCAAGCGCUUCUCGCACGACUCCGGCCUGUCGGACGGCAGCUACGCGCGCCGCAAGACGCGGGCGGCGCGGCGCGGCGCGGGCGAGGCGCGGCGCGGCGCGGCCGAGGCGCGGCCGCCGCCCGACAACGCCUCGCUGCGCGCCUUCCGCGCCGUGUGCGAGCGCGCGCUGCUCGACCAGCAAGCGCAGAUAGCCCGCGUGGCGGCGCUGUGCGAGCGCCUGUCCGAGCGCCCCCCGCGCCCGCCCCGCGCGCACCCGCCCUCGCCCGACACCAGCGACGUGUCCUCCUCCAGCCGCAGCACGCGCGACCAGCGCCGCAAGGACAAGCACCGGACGGAGGAGUGCAAGACGUACAAGAUCAUCAUGAACAAGCUAGACGAGCUGAACCGUCUGUUCGCGGCGCGCGCGCGCUCCCCCGCCGCCCCGCCCGCGCCCCGCGCGCCGCCCCCGCGCCGCGCCGCGCCCUCGUCGGUGUCGGUGUCGGUGUCGGACAAGGUGGUGGCCACGGAGCCCGAGCGCGCGGCGCUGGCGGCGCGGGCGGGCUCGGGCAGCGCGCGGCUGUCGGCGCUGCGCGCGGUGACGCACGCGUGCGCGCUGGACAUCCCGCCGCGCGACCCGCCGCUGCGCUACAACGUGGCCACGGAGAGCGUGCUGCAGGCCGACUCCCGCGUGCCCUCCAGCGCCGGCGACCCGCGCUGCGGCUUCGACCUCGACGACCCCGUGCAUUUGUACUCGCAAGCGAAACGCCUGCAAGCGCUGCCGGCGGCGACGCGGCGCGCGCGCAGCGUGGAGACGGCGGAGCGGCGCGGGCGGCGGGCGGGCGGCGAGCGGGCGCGGGCGCGGGCGGGCGGCGGGGCGCGGCUCGCUGAGUUUUGGCAUGAGUUUUUUGGUCGGCCGCCUGCUGACACCAUGGAGAAUGCUUUUGAGGUGAUUGAUGACUCGUCACCGUGCGGGUGGCCCAAAGUGCAGAUGUUAUGCACUAGCCUUUAG